ACAAAACACGGCGACUUUUUGAACAGCCAACUGUUGGCAUUUUACAUGAUUCAAAACCAACAAUAACACUCCCGAUCGCCCAUUUUGCCGCCCAUCAAUCACAAACAGACCCGCCGGAACCAAUGUCGCAACAACAGCUCUCCCGGCUCCUCCCUCUGCCGGACGAAGACCUCAAGCAGGUCCUAGAUUACGCCUCGACGCUCUCCAAGACCGAAGCCAUUGACCACUUUACAAACCUCCUUGGUGACUCUCCUGCCGUCAUCGACUUUAUUUCUACUUUCAACGCACGUCGCGCCGACCCAAAAGCGCCGCCAGCCCCGUCUUCUGCCGCCCGAACACCGUCAGCACCCAGCUCAGCACAGAACUCGGCUCCCAAUUCAGAUAUCGAUCGAGUCCCGAAGCCCCAGCGCAAACCAAAGAAGAAGCAGGGACCAUUACAAGCCCAACCUUCUCGUCAAGUCACAAAUUUUGCUCUCGCGCCCGGGACGAAGGCUUACAACAAGAAGGAUGCGGAUCUCGAAUACAUCUCGGCCAGGUCCAAGCCGACAACACCAUCGAACGAGCAAGCCGGAGGGCCGAGCAAACCGCCACCACCGCCCAAAUCUACUGCACAACCCGCCCAGCCGACCCCAAAACUACCACCAUCCGCCCAUGGCACAUUGAUCUCCGACUUGGGCAAACCAAAGCCCAAAUCAAAUCCCGUUUCCCGCACCUCGACACCCGGCCCAAGCAGCAACGGCAAGAACAACGCCACCAAGAUUUCCAUCGCCGGCGGUACUCCCAUGCACGGCGCCUCCACCGCCCUCUCCGACCUCGACGACGCCAUCCGCCAACUCGAAAUCACCACCAACCCCACACACACCUCCAACUCAUCCUCAGGCAUCGCCUCUCGUCGGUGCAACUGCGUCGCGGCGCGCCAUCCUUUGCUCGCUGCGGCACCCAACUGCCUCAACUGCGGCAAAGUCAUUUGCGUCAAAGAAGGUCUAGGCCCCUGCACCUUCUGCAGCCACCCUUUGCUCUCCCCCUCCGAGAUCCAACAAAUGAUCAAAGAACUCAAAGCCGAGCGCGGCCGCGAGAAAAUGGCUGCCGACCGCGCAGCCAACAAGAAGGCUGAUGUAGGCGGUGUCCCGAAACCAUUUGCUCGACCGAGGGGGUACGGUGAUGAGUACGAGGAUGCGCCUACGUUGCAGGAAGCGGCGGCGAAACAACAAGCUCAACAGGCGCAAGCAACACAAUCAGCAAAGCAAAGAGCUAUCGAGCAGCGCGACAAGCUGUUGAACUUCCAAGCUGAAAACGCGCAAAGAACGACGGUCAGAGACGAAGCGGCGGACUUUGAUGUCACGGCAAUGGGAGGAAGCAUGUGGGCUUCCCCUGAAGAAAGGGCGCUGGCGCUCAAGAAGCAGCAGAAGCUGAUGAGGGAGAUGGAGUGGAAUGCUCGCCCAGAGUAUGAAAAGAGGCAGCAGGUGGUUAGUAUUGAUUUGGUGGGCAAGAAGGUGCUUAGGAAAGUGACCAAGGUGGAGAGACCUGUCACUCCAGAUUCUGAACCCGACGAAAAUGCUGGGCCCGGGGAGUAUCAUGUUGCGUCGUCGAGGACGAGUGGUGGUGGUGCGUUUAGCAAGAAUCCCUUGUUGGGAGGCAUGAUUAAGCCUGUUUAUGAACCACCGGCAGAUUUGAAAGAAAAGGGGGCCGCCGAGUUGGAAGGGAGGAGGGAUAAGAGUACAAGGUGGAGGAGGGUGCAGGAUGAUCGGGAUGAUAACGAGGCCGUCAUUUUGGAUGGGGGCAUUUAUGGAAGGAGUCAGGAAGUAGCGACGGAUGCGAUGGGGGGUGGGGAUGAUGAGCCUGCUUGA